CGGAGCUCGGUGGAGAGCGGGGAGCUUGGUCUGCACUACCUACGCCGCUGGCAGCAAGGCUGUCUGAGAAACGCGGACCGUGAUCGCCCUGUACUCGCUCUUAGCUGCCCGCUGCUUUCCUCUGCACCCCUUGACAUCCUCAUUCAGGACGAAGUGAUCGUUAUUUUGUUUUUGUUUUUUAAAUCACAAGGGCGUGGGUCAGCCUCCCCUAGGACUUCAUGUCUGUAUAUUUUCCCAUUCACUGCCCUGACUAUCUGAGAUCGGCUGAGAUGACCGAGGUGAUGAUGAACACCCCAUCCAUGGAAGAGAUUGGCCUCAGCCCCCGGAAGGAUGGCCUUUCCUAUCAGAUCUUUCCUGACCCAUCAGACUUUGACCGUUGCUGCAAACUGAAGGACCGCCUACCUUCCAUCGUGGUGGAACCCACAGAGGGGGAGGUGGAGAGUGGGGAGCUCCGGUGGCCCCCUGAGGAGUUCCUGGUCCAGGAGGAUGAGCAAGACAACUGUGAAGAGACAACAAAAGAAAAGAAGGAACAGUAGGGUCCCUGCGGACUUGCCUGGGUCACGACAGCCUGCAUACCUGAACUGUUUUCCCAUCAUGAUGGAAGAAGAGAGUGAGCCACAGUCAUUCUGAAAAUGUCAAAUGAGGCUUCCGGUUUUUGCACCUGAAAAUCACCGAGUCGGUUUUCUUUUCUUGUCUUUUUUUUUUUUUUUUUUUUUUUUAAAACUUGUUGAGCAAUGGAGCCCUCUGACAACUCGCAAGGCUGAGAAAGGAAGCUGCUGAGAACAGGGGU